AUGGUGAGUCGUGACUUCUACUGGCCCCGCCAGUAUGAGUUUGUGCGGAAAUGCAUUCGUGCUUGCGAAGUUUUCCAACAGGUGAAGCCUAGUACUUCGUCCCGUGUACACUUGAAACCUCUAACAAUUCCGGCAGAACGCUGGCAGUCCGUAUCGAUGGACUUCGUCUUCGGGUUUCCCAAAGACGCUCACAAGAAUACGGGUAUUCUUGUGUUUGUUGAUCGGUUCAGCAAGAUGGUACAUCUUGUUGCUGUACCGGAGUCAAUUACAUCCCAGGGCUGUGCGCGUGUCUUCAUCGAUACUAUCUUCCGACUUCACGGGUUACCCCGUGAACUCGUGUCUGAUCGAGACCCCCGCUUUACAGCGGAGUUCUGGCAAUCCGUGUUCCGUUCACUUGGAACACGUUUGACGAUGUCAACUUCUGACCAUCCCGAAACAGAUGGUAAAACGGAACGCGUCAACCGCGUUCUCGAAGAGAUACUUCGAGGGUAUGUCCACUCGUUUACGAGCUGGAGUGAGUUCUUGCCGAUGGCGGGUUUCGCCAUUAAGAAGUCGGUGCAAGCGUCUACAACGCAUACAUCGUUCUUUGUGCUGGCCUACGCCAUCAACGUUUACCCGACUUCUUAG